UGAUACUUUGGAUACCUUCUGUGGAAGUCCGCCCUAUGCCGCCCCUGAAGUUUUUGAAGGGAAAAGAUAUGCUGGGCCAGAAAUUGAUAUUUGGAGUCUCGGUGUGAUUCUUUAUGUAAUGGUUUGUGGAGCAUUGCCUUUUGAAGGCGCCAAUUUACAAUUGUUGAAAGAAAGAGUUCUAAGCGGUCGAAUCAGAAUUCCCUACUUUAUGAGCUCUGAUUGUGAAAAUCUUAUUCGUCGAAUGCUCACUGUAGAUGCUCGAAAAAGGCCAACAAUCGAACAAAUUAAACAGCAUCGUUGGAUGCAUUCUAACGAUUUUAAUUUAAAAUAUCAAGCACUUUUUGAUUUGGCAAAAUCUUCAACUGAAGGAAUUUCUAAAAAUUUAAAUGAUUUACAUCCACAAAUCCUUCGUUUAAUGAAUAAUAUUGGAAUUGAGACUGUUAAGAUUAAAAAUUCCCUUCUAGCUGAUGCUUAUGACAAUCUUCAAGCUAUUUACUUGCUUUUAUUGGAAAGACUUCAACAAAGAGGAUCACCCUCCCUUUCCCCAAACCAAUCGGGUAAUCAAAUAAAUACUCAAACACAACAACCACCAAUUAAUCAAGAAGCUACAAAAAUUCCAGACGAGACAAACGAACAAAAUAUAAAAACUGUUAAUACUCCAUCUGUAACUACUACUAUAGUACCAAAUAUAAAUCCUCAAAAUGCUACAGCACCAACACUUAUUCUAGACAAACAAAAUUCUAUCGCCGAUUCUUUCCACUUCCAACAAAAUGUUACUCGAGGAGCUAAAGUCAGACGUCAAUCAGAUGGUGUUACUAUUGUUGGAGGUGGACCUAUGAUUUGUCAAUGUUGUUGUUGUCUUGCUUCUUUUAAACAAAAUUCUAAAAAUUUACUUCAAAAUGGACUAAUUCCUUUAGAAAUAAAAACUGGGUUUCCUCUAAUAACUCAACCAUCAAUUCCUCAAAGUUCUACCAAUCCAGAACUUCAAGGUGUACUUGAAGCUCAACAGCAACAAUUUCGACAGCAACAGCUUGAUCAACGCCAAGUUGUGCAUCCCUCAACAUCAGACUAUGAAUCAGAAAAUUGUUGUUCGAGUUCUUCUGCAGCUGGUUCUUCCCUAUCUAGACAGUCUACUAUAGGAACAAUUAAUUCUUUUGACGAAGGUAUUAUUGACGAAACAAACAAUUCUGGACUUUUAAUGUUUGCCAAUGCAGCAAUUCAUGGAAAUUUACAAACAGCUGGAUAUGGAUUAUUACAACAUAUAAACCAUUGUCACGAACCUUUGCCUGCUUUUGACAGUCAAUUAAGCCAGGAUCCACUCUUCUCUUCCCAAUCAUCAAACAAUAGUGCAAAUGCAUUUCGUAUGGGUAGUUCCAGUAGUAAUGGAAAAACCCCAAUAGAAGUAUCCUCUCCAUCAGUUGCACGAUGUUGCUGUUCUAAUUCAAGUACAGGCGUUGCUGGUGGGGGCACUGGCGGUAAUUUAAUGAAGCAUGUACAAUUACAUCCUCAUUGUGGUGGAACUUCUGGAAGAUUUCAACAUCGCCAUAUUGGCUUAAAUCAUCAACAUUACCAUCAAAAUCAACGUCAUCAACAUUUAUUAAAACCUUAUUUUUAUCCUCAACAGCCCCCACAAACAAAUUCAGCACGUCCAGCAGCUGAAAAUGAAAAUAAUCAAAAUGGAAUAAAUAAUCCUGCAUUUCACCAAUUAUUUCUUUUUGGGGGAGAAAAUUUAAGAAUUAGUGAUAAUUCUAUUGGAAAUGCUCCUUUACCUUUCCCUACUGGAAAUUUGGGGGAGAGAAAUAGAGCAAUGGAAGGGUUACAUCGUCCUCAAAAUAACAAUGGAAUACCUCUACAUAACCAAUUUAGAGGAAUGCGACUUUCUACGGGUUUGGCUAGUCUGGCAAAAACAUUGCCAAUAGCUAUCGGAGUCAAUACUUCACCUAUUUUAUCUUCCAAUACAUCCUCUACUUCAACAAGUACAAACAGCCAACAAUCCUCCCCUCUAUCUUCACAAACUCCUUCCCCAGCAGAAAAUCGGCAAAAAUUUUCGAAUGUUAGACAAGCACUUGGUUGUCUUCCAAAAAGAAUUUCUUUGCCAGAAAAUUUACAAUUUCAACCACAAAUUUUACUCAAUUUGAAACAGUCAAUACAUGUCGAAAAACAAUUAACUAGUAACCCAUCCGAUGUUGGCACAUCUUCUCCUUCAUCCGAAUUAAUUACCGUUUAUGAAAAACCCGUUUUAAAAGCUUCCCGUUUACAGCAACAAUAUCAACACCAACAACAACAAAAAAGGAAAGCUGCAAGAAUGCAAUUGCUUAGACAACAAAGCCAUUUAGCUCAAAAACAAAAUACUUCAUCCAUAUCUUGCCAAAAUAUUGAAGGGAUACAAAGCCCCGACUUUUCUUCAUUUUCUCCAAAUAUUAAAAAAGAAAACAACAAUUUAAUUGAAGAAAUAAAUUCACCAGAAAUUUUAAAUUCUGAUAUUCCACCCCCUUUAAUUGAAGAAAUUAUGGAUACUAGUUGA